AUGGAAUCGGUAGAUAAUUUGAUCGCACGUCUAAAGGAGGAAGAAGACUUCCAAACACAAGACAAAGACCAAAUACAAGGCGAGUUGCAGGCGCGAAUAGAGUUGGAAGGACUGCAAAAGGCGGCACUGGAGGCAUGGAUAAGGGAAAGGCCUUCCUCUGAAAGAAGUGAGGGAACCUUCACAUAUCGCGCUAAUCUCCAGGCCGGUCCGGCUUUUCCAAAAAUUCAGGAAUAUGCUACGCUCAUAGAAGAAUCCCCAGCAUACCAAAAGCUCCUAGCAGAUGUCCGCAACGAAUGCCUGUUGGCACCUGCGACGCGAAGCAUGGUUGACAACAUUAGAGGAAAAAUUUACGCUGCCAUUCGUACUCCCGAAACAAUACGCAUAAAGGUUCCUCCUUCUGCUGUACAGAUGUUAUUCAUAGUUGAAUGGAAUCCAAUCCAUUUUGUCCAAGGGCAGUGCUACCAGGGUGCCCCGGAAACUGCAAUACGUGAUGCCAUCACCCUGACAGGCACCGCCUCCAUCGCACAAGCAGCAACAUGCGCCCAGUAUCUCCAGCAGACUUGGCCGGUUAUCGGUCUUGAGAUACUCAACCUGGUACAAGAGUUUGCUCGAGAUCGUGAGACCGAGGCGACUUCACUGACCUUACAGAACGAUGUUUUUCUCGUGGCUGAAAUGCAUCCUGAUCAGAAACAAUCUCUUGCUAUUCAAGUGGAAGGACCUGUACCCAGUGUGGCUGAGAUAGGGGAAAUCCUUGCUUGGAUGGGCUCUGCUCUGCGCUCCUCACCCUACGCAGAAGGGGUUGCCUACUGCAGUCCAAGUAUCUCAUGCUGGCAACUGCCUAAUCGCAGCGAUGAAUUCGGAGCCGUCAUCAGCUUCAAUACUCGGCAAGAAAGUGAAGUCGAGAGCGGCACGUCCAACGGUCAGUGUUGGCACAACCUAUUCAGGAACCCGCUCGUUGUAGAGGGUUAUAGGAUACCACGAAGGUCCACUGUAUAUCAAGGACUCCAAAUACCUCUGGGUAUGAUGGCGGUACUGUGCAAAACCAACCAUGUCAAUUCUUUCGCAGGGGGUGUCUUUAUCAAGGGCUUUUCAGCAAUCGUUGUGCCGACAAUGUAUCGUGACGAUCUGAUAAUGUGGCAUUUAUUAUUUAACUCCAGUGGCGAUCGGAUUUCUUAUAAUCAGGCGGCUUCCCUAUGCGCCACGAACGUGUCUACAUAUGACCUUCAAAAUGCUCGUCAUAUCCUCGGGUGGUGUUCUGAGAUGAAGCUCUAUGCAGGGGCCUCGGAUGCAAACUACGAAGUCAAAAACUCCAACCUCCCAGGCGUGCCUUAUGAUUCACCUUUGCGCAACCUGUCCAUAUCCAUGGGGCAGAUCGUGUGGGGAGGCCCAGCAAUAAGCAUUGGAAAUAAAGAUAUCCCGGCACAUGUUACUCGCAAUGGCUACACGAAGAGGCUCAAGUGGAUCAAGAAACGUUUCGUUUUGAUCUGGGACGAAGCAAGCAAGCGUGGGUGGUUGAUUAAUGGAGCCACUGCUCUCUUGCAUCUCGUUCGCACGUCCCUAGAGAAAGAGAAGGAUAGUGAAUUUUCAGCUUUAACAUUAUUUGACCCUUCAAAAAUCAGAGAGCACCGCUUAUAUCGACCAGACUCUGCAGGAUGGGUUUUAUCCGAUAAAAGUAACCUGGAAUUGACGGUAUAUGCCGAUGAUGACGAACAUGUACGUUUCCGAGACCAGGUCACUAGGUUCUAUGAAGUGAUGGAAAAGAUGAUCGACUAUCAGUCCGGGACACUAAACAAAGACCCUACUGCUGGUAUGACUAGGUCAGCCCUAGAGGGAUGGGAUUUCGACGACAUCGCGAACGAGCGUGAUCCAGCUCAUCCGCGGGCAGCUACGCUCGACGCGUCCGCCAGGUCUUGGAUGGACUUGAUCAAGACGAUUGAUGCUAUAACACUAUUCGGCCGAGACUUUGGCGACAUUAUACGGCCAGCAGAUAACUGUCCUAAAUGGUCGACGGUGCCGAGUGGACUGUUCUACAUGGCCGUCUGCAGUGCAGACCUUCAGGAAAUCAUUGCCGCAGGGCGCGGUAACCCAUUCUCUACGCCAGUCAGACUCACGGAUGAACACAUCUGGUAUAUCCCAGAAGGUCUUCCUUGCACUUGCGAUUGUUUAUCUGGGGAUGGGAGUACUCAUUCUGACUUGGUCCAGGUCUUGCUCCCGUCCAGCAUGGGUGACCGUCUAGAAGCGAAGUGCGCAGUCCAUCAGAAUAUGGAUAACGGGGCCUUUAUCUUUGGCCAUAACACGUUGUAUCCAUGGUAUUGGGGUGAUCUUGGCGAGCCCUCCCCUCAGCCUCUCACUACCCCUCAGCUUGAUGCCUCUCCGUCCUACUAUGACAGUGGCAUUGGAGGGAUGGCACAUUCUUCUGCUUCUGAUAUAUAUGCUGCAUCUGGGUCAAUCAGGGGAUUUGAUGACUCUCAAUUUUCGUCGGAGCCCAUCAACACACCUUUAUCCCGCUCAACCGCCGCCUCUACUGCGCCCAUGACCUCGGACGAUUACACGAUCGGUAUUAUAUGCGCCCUCUCUACAGAGCUCAAAGCCGUCCGACUCCUAUUCGAUGCUUCCCAUGGCGGUAUAUCGGUUCCUAGAUAUGACCAGAAUGCCUAUGUCUUUGGGAGUAUGUGCAAGCACAACGUCGUAUCGACCUGUCUUCCAGACGGUGAAUACGGAACAAACCCCGCAGCAGAUGUGGCCUCAAACAUGAAGCGCAGUUUCCCGCAUCUCCGAAUCUGUCUCCUAGUGGGGAUAGGUGGGGGCGUUCCCUCGCAAAAUGAUAUCCGACUAGGAGAUGUCGUUGUGAGUAAACGUCAGGGGGCCAAUCCAGGCGUACUGCCGUACGAUAUGGAAAAGGCUCUGGAUAAGGGCGUAUUCCAAAUCAAUGGAUGUCUGGACUCGGCGCCACGCCGGGUCCGAUCUGUUCUGAGUGAGAUGCAGUCUGACCCGGCCCUUACAAAGGAUCCUCUAAAGGACUAUCUCCAACACAUCGAAGACUUGGAAGAGGAGUAUCGCUAUCCCGGUGCUGAGAAUGACACGUUAUAUAUGCCUUCCUAUCCGCAUCCCGUGGGCGAACGCACAUGUACCAAUUGUAGCCGUGAUAACGAGCAACAAAGGCCACAGAGACAAUCAUCCCAGCCGGUGAUACACUACGGCACCAUUGCGUCCGGAAACAAGGUCAUACGGGACGCGGCAACGCGGGACAGAUGGGGCGAGGAGCACAACGUGCUGUGCUUCGAGAUGGAGGCAGCAGGGAUCAUGAAUACCCUACCAUCGCUGAUUAUCCGCGGUAUUUGUGACUACUGCGAUAGCCACAAGAAUAAACUUUGGCAGAAGUAUGCUGCCGCUUCGGCGGCGGCUUUUGCAAAGUUGCUUUUGUCUCAUAUACGUCCUGAGAGCGAGGAGUAG